AUGGAUACCUUCAUCAUCUUGGGAAUUUGCCUGUCUUUUUUGAUUCUCAUUUCACUGUGGAAUCAGAACCAUGACAAAGGAAAGCUACCACCAGGACCCAUUCCUCUUCCAAUUGUUGGGAAUAUUCUACAGUUAAAUAUUAAGAAUAUUCCCAAAUCCUUAAACAUGCUAGCAAAAGAGUACGGCCCUGUGUUCACUGUAUAUUUUGGCAUGAGACCCUAUGUGGUGUUGCACGGAUACAACACAUUGAAAGAAGCUCUCAUUGAUCAAGGAGAAGAGUUUUCUGAGAGAGGGAGGUUCUCAAUAAUGGAUGAAGCAGCCAGUGAAUUUGGGAUUGUUUUCAGCAAUGGACAUAGGUGGAGGCAAACCCGGAGUUUCUUUCUCAUGGUUUUACGGAAUAUGGGAGUGGGGAAGAAAACUAUUGAAAACCAAAUUGAGGAGGAAGUCUUGUGUCUCGUGGAAGCACUUAAGAAAACCAAUGGUUCUCCCUGUGACCCUACUUUCCUUUUGGCCUGUGUUCCCUGCAAUGUGAUCUUCUUUGUGCUUUUCCAAAAACGUUUUGACUACAGUGAUAAGAAACUCCAAUUUUUGAUUAACAGUUCACAUGAAAAUUCCAGAAUUGUAAGCAGUUCCUGGAUCCAGCUGUGCAGCAUUUUCCCUGCUUUACUGUGUCUCCCAGGAAGUCAUAAAAAUUACUCUGAAAACAUUGCUGAACAAAAAAAAGUUAUUAUGGACCAUAUAAAAGAACACCAAGAAUCUUUGGACUUCAAAAACCCUAAGGACUUUAUUGACUACUUCCUGAUUAAGAUGAAAAAGGAAAAUGACAAUAAGAAGUCUGAGUUUACCAUGGAACACCUGAUCACCACUGUGAUGGACAUAUUUGCUGCAGGAACAGAGACAAUAAGCACCACAAUAAGAUAUGGACUUUUGCUCCUGAUGAAGUACCCAGAGAUCUCAGCCAAAAUCCAGGAAGAGAUUGACCAUGUGAUUGGCAGACAGCGGAGGCCCUGCAUGCAGGACAGGAGCCGUAUGCCCUACAUGGAUGCUGUGGUGCAUGAGAUACAGAGAUAUAUUGAUGUUGUCCCCUUUCCAAUACCCCGUGUAACAACUCAGGAUGUUCAGUUCAGAGGAUGGCAUAUCCCAAAGGGCACAAAAAUAUUAAUAUCCCUGACUUCUGUCCUGCAUGAUAAGAAAGAGUUUCCCAACCCAGACAAGUUUGACCCAGGCCACUUUCUGGAUGACACUGGCAACUUCAGGAAGAGUGACUACUUCAUGCCUUUCUCAGUUGGAAAAAGAUCUUGUGUUGGAGAGGGUCUGGCCCACAUGGAGAUGUUUUUAAUCCUGACCACUAUUUUACAGCAUUUUACCCUGAAACCUCAGUUUGAUCCAAAGGAUAUUGACAUUACUCCAGUUGAAAAUGGUUUGUUAUCUUUGCCCCCUUCCUAUGAGCUCUGUUUCAUUCCAGUCUGA